AGGCUAAACAAAAUUCAAAAAAAUAAUCACUCGUGGGAUGCAACGAAUUUUCAUUGCGUGUAAUCACAGGAAAAUUUUGAGCUCAACUCCAGGAAAAUGUCACGUAAGUCCUUAGCAACGAACACUACGCAGCAGGUCUACGUGCUGGAAGAAUCAUUCUACCCGGAAGAAUGGCGCGAUGACUCACGCAUGGGGGUGCUGCUCUCGGAGUUCCGUUCGCGAACCGUCAAUCCCGAAAACUACGACUCAAAAAUGAAAUUUUGGAAGGAACUUAUCCAGCAAUACUGCGCCUACAAAGGCUCCCCCGCGGUAACGAUCGUAGAACUGAAGCGAGUAUUUAAGCGUAAAGGAACCAGCCCAUACUGUUUACCGGUCGUUUUCGAGGAUAUGAUUCGGGAAGGUCAGAUGCUGGGACGGGAGGAAUUUGCCAAGUUUCCACAGGAAAGCUGGUCCGGUUGGGCAGUGGAUUUGCUGGUCAAGCGACCUCUCGGAUGGGGCUUCGGUAAAGUUAAGGAGAAGAUUAUCGGAAGUAACAGCAAGGAUGAAAAUGCGGAAUUUAUCUGUGUGGAAAUAGUUAAGGAUCAAUCUGACACUCUCGAUAAAAUCCUUACCAAAGAAAGUAAGCACAACGCGUUGCUUUCUCUGGGAAACCUGAUCCAAAUGGUUAAAGAAAGCGGGAUCACUGAAGAAGGACUAGAUUUGAUAUUACAUGAUAUGCGUUGCAGGCAACGUGUUUACAUUGAAUCUCCUACGGAAGUGGGUAAAAAGAAUACAACUAUUCUCAAAUUUGCUACACCUGGAAGUCGAGCUUUACCAAUUACUGACAUCGAACGCUCUAUCUACAACUUGGAACAAACUGAGCAAGUGCUUAAAGUUUUGGAUCGUCUCGAAAAAGAAAUUUCUGGCGCGCUUGACACCGUGAAGGAAAACAUUCGGGACGGACGCAAACAGCUAGCCAAAACAAAUCUAAGGAAGAAACACCUACUGGAGAAAAAUUUGGAAAAGAAAAUGAACGUGCUAGAAAACGUUCAAACGAUGUUGGCUAGAAUACACGAUUCUCAAAGCGAUCGCAAUGUUAUCGAAGCAUACAAAUUAGGUUCGGUCGCAUUGAAGAAUGCCUUUGCUAGUUCCGGUAUCACCCUGGACGAUGUAGAUGAUACAUUGGCCGAAAUGAAAGAGAUUAUGGACCAACAAGACGAAAUGCAGACAAUGCUGAGUACUCCACAAUCGACCGAUACGGAUGAUCUAGAAUUAGAACAAGAGUUGGCCGACUUGAUCGAUCAGAAACUGGCGGAAAACAAUAUUAUCGUUCAACCGGUUGCUCCCAUUGUUUUGCCAGCUGCAGCUUCUGCUUCUGGCGGCACCGUUCCAAUAGUUGCCCAUCAGGGCAUACCUACCCCGACAAUUGCCCAGCUGAACGAUUUCGACAAAGAAAUCGAAAAACGGUUGGCCGCUUUACGCAUGGAUGUUCCUUCUACACCGGCUGUUAGUGCCUCUAGCAUUGGAAAUGCAUCUCUGCGAGUUGAACCGUCGACACCGAUCGGUUGAUACUGAGCAUUUUUUUUAUCAUACUCAAAACUUUGUUUGUGUUAUUUGUUCUACUUUUUUUGUUCUUACAAUUUGAGUCAUUUGUUGGAUUAACAGGUGAUUGUUAAAGUCAAUUUUAUUUUGAUAUUAGAGAAAAAACUUAAUGUACUAACGUUGCGAUGCGAUAAACGAACAAAAAUCCGCUUAAUAAAACUAGAAAUUGUCCAAACUUUUGCAUUUCUUAUUAU